AUGAAGAGAAGAUCGACAGGAUGCUUACGAAGGUCCUCUGUUGUGUCAGCACCAUCAUCCACAAAAAAUAAUAACAACAAAGUCUGGAGGUCUCCUGGUCAUUACGAAAUACCAAAUGUAUUUGGUAGUGAUUGUUUCCUUAAACCCGAACCUAAUUUAUUCCCUCAAAACAACUUCUUGCGAACGAUAAAUGUCGAAAAGCACAUAUCUAAGCAUCCUUGGCGUCCAGCUGGUCUCUGCACAGAAAUACCUCAGUUACCUCCUUUAAUUAAAACUGGGAAUGAAUUCGAGAAAAAAAUCAGAAAAGCUUUACCUUCUUCCGUACAAGUUUCUUCACUUGACCCACGUAACAAAUAUGACGGGUUUCAAGAGAUUGGCACAGGUGUAAAUGGCUCUGUCGUUCGAGCACGUCAUAAAUACAAAAAAAAUACGUAUUUAGCCAUUAAACGAUGCCGACUUGAUCCUGAUAAAGAGUAUAAAGCUUCCAUAAUUCGAGAACUUUUUAUCAUGUCAACUGGUCACGCAAACCUUAUUCGAUUAAGACAAGUUUCCUUGUGGAAACAAGAAGUCUGGAUGGCCAUGGAUCUACAGAGAUGCUCCGUCUUUGCCAUCUUAUGUCAGCGCGGUAUUCCUGAACAGUAUGCUGUUCAUAUCACUUGCGAGACACUUAAGGGUCUAUGCUACUUACAUUCCAAGCAAUUCAUUCAUCGUGACAUCAAAUGUGAGAAUCUUUUGAUAGGAUGGAAUGGGGAAGUCAAAUUAGCUGACUUUGGUCUUGCUACCAAGACAACAAGACGUAAUAGAGAACGAUUAGGUACAAGUAAAUGGAUGGCGCCUGAAGUCAUCCGAGAACAAUACUAUGAUGAAAAGAUCGAUAUGUGGUCAUUGGGCAUUACAAUCAUUGAAAUGAUGGACAGAGUGCCUCCUCAUUAUUUAAUAAGAGAUGAAACUGAACUGUUCAAGGCAAUCCUGAGUGAACCAAGUCCUACUUUCACCUAUAGUUUACCUACCAUGUACAUGAGGGGCUUAGUUGCUUGGUUAUUAGAUGAGCAGCCUUCGACGAGACCACAUGCUGUGGAUGUACUACAGGAAAUCGAAGCCCAUGUCCAAAGUAAAUUACUACAAUGCUCAACUUCACAAGAAUUAGCUCGGUUUGUAAAUCAUGUUUUAUCUUCAGCAUCUUCAUAG